AUGCGCGGCUAUUUUCACAAUGACGAAGCAACAGAGCACUGCAUUAGAGAUGGGUGGUUGCACACAGGUGAUCUCGGUUACGUUGACGAAAACAAUUUCCUCUUCAUAGUGGACCGACUCAAGGAGCUCAUCAAAGUGAAGGGAUUUCAG